GAUUUGAACUAAUAUCAUUAUAGUUCGUCUCGGGCUAUUUCUGUUACUUGGAGUGACUGCGGGAGGGAAUAGUGCAUGGAGCCACGUGUUUUCGCUGGAGUUUAUUGUCGUUAAACGACCGUUUGCUGUAUUUUCAGAUGAAAAGUUGAAGAAGAAGCAUUGCAAUACUUCCUGGAGGUACCAGGAAGUACUGCAACAACUGUUUAGUCACCACUCAGAGUGGAUCGAAUGGAGGGUAAUUGUACAAGGAAGUCAUUGUGAAAGAGAAAAUGAGCACCAUUCCUCUCUCUCGCUCCGAGGUGUUCGGGGAACUGAGGAAGGAGCUGCAGAGCGAUCAUGAGUUCCGACAUUUCGACGCUCAUAUUUUCAUCAUCAUGGGAGCCUCGGGUGAUCUGGCCAAGAAGAAAAUCUACCCAACUCUGUGGUGGUUGUUCAGAGAUGGUCUCCUCCCAGAGAAAACCUUUUUUAUUGGCUUCGCUCGCUCUCACCUGACAGUUGAUGCGAUCAGGACUUCCUGCAUGCCGUACCUCAAGGUGGCCGACUCUGAAGCAGAUCGCUUGUCAGUCUUCUUCAGCAGAAACUCGUACAUAAGUGGAAAAUACACAGACGACGAUUCCUUCUCCAAUCUCAACGAACACAUCCUCAGUCUGCCCGGAGGAUCCGAGGCAAACCGGCUCUUCUACUUGGCCCUGCCGCCCACGGUCUACCACAGCGUUACCAAGAACAUAAAGCACCACUGUAUGAGCGAAAAAGGCUGGACCAGAGUCAUUGUCGAGAAGCCGUUCGGGCACGACCUUCAGAGCUCUGAAGAACUGUCCGCUCACCUCUCGUCUCUCUUCAGUGAAGACCAGAUCUACCGUAUAGAUCACUAUCUUGGCAAAGAAAUGGUGCAGAACCUUAUGGUGCUGAGAUUCGGAAACCGCAUCUUUGGACCAAUCUGGAAUCGGGACAGCGUCGCCUGCGUGGUGCUGACGUUUAAAGAACCGUUUGGCACUCAGGGACGAGGAGGCUACUUUGACGACUUUGGAAUCAUCCGAGAUGUCAUGCAGAACCACUUGCUCCAGUUGCUGUCGCUGGUCGCCAUGGAGAAACCGGCCUCCACCAGCUCUGACGACGUCAGGGACGAAAAGGUGAAAGUGCUGAAAUGCAUCAAUCCAGUGUUAAUGUCCGAUGUGGUUUUGGGUCAGUAUGUGGGUGACCCGGAGGGGGAAGGAGACGCCAAAUUGGGUUACCUCGAUGAUCCCACAGUCCCCAAAGGAUCCACUCAGUCUACGUUUGCCACAGCAGUGCUCUACGUGCACAACGAGCGCUGGGACGGCGUUCCUUUCAUCCUUCGCUGCGGAAAAGCUCUGAAUGAGAGGAAGGCGGAGGUGCGGCUGCAAUUCACAGACGUCCCCGGGGACAUUUUUGGAAAUCAGUGUCGCCGGAAUGAGCUGGUGGUCCGCGUGCAACCCAAUGAGGCGGUCUACGCCAAGAUGAUGAGCAAGAAACCCGGCGUGUACUUCUGCCCCGAGGAGACGGAGCUGGACCUCACCUACAAGAGCAGAUAUAAGGAUGUGAAGCUACCAGAUGCCUAUGAACGUCUAAUUCUGGAUGUGUUCUGCGGGAGUCAGAUGCACUUUGUUCGCAGUGAUGAGCUAAAAGAAGCCUGGAGGAUAUUUACUCCGCUCCUUCACCAAAUAGACAAAGAGAAGCCGCAGCCUAUUCCUUACAAAUACGGAAGCCGGGGCCCAGCAGAAGCAGACGACCUCGUAAAGAGAGUCGGAUUCCGCUACGAAGGCACUUAUGUGUGGGUGAACCCCAACAAACUUUGAGCUUUGCCGAGCAAAGGGUGGAAUCGGGUAGGUAGAAUAGUUUGAGGGGUGCUGCACGGUUGGCGAGACACUCGACAUCCCCGAUCCGCUUUUACAGAGUGACACAUUCCACUCCGUGGCUCCGGUGAUGAUUUCUCAGGUUUAUUUCUCAGAGCCAAUUUGUCACGUCGUCAAAGAGUGAUGAAUCUAACCCACCUUCAUGACUUAAUCCCACUUUGUGGUUGGUUGUGAUGCUUUUUUUUUUUUUUUUUUUUUUUUUUUUUUUUUUUUUUUUUUUUUAAUACUAGUAGCGACAUUACUUGUGGGGAACAGUGAACUUCAUGUGGGAACAAAAAAAGCCGAAUGUUUGUUUUUUUUUUUU